CCGGCAGUCUGCAACAUGGCCUCCGUCUCUGAGCUCGCCUGUAUCUAUUCCGCCCUCAUCCUUCAUGACGACGAGGUGAUGGUCACGGAGGAUAAAAUCAAUGCCCUCAUUAAAGCAGCCGGUGUCAAUGUUGAACCUUUCUGGCCUGGCCUGUUUGCAAAGGCCUUGGCCAAUGUCAACAUUGGGAGCCUCAUCUGCAAUGUAGGGGCUGGUGGACCUGCUCCAGCAGCUGGAGCUGCACCAGCGGGUGGUCCUGCCCCCUCUACCGCUGCUGCCCCAGCUGAGGAGAAGAAAGUGGAAGCAAAGAAGGAAGAAUCUGAGGAGUCUGAUGAUGACAUGGGUUUUGGUCUUUUUGACUAAGCCUCUUGUUAACAUGUCCAAUAAAAA